AUGACCAGCACCGCCCUGCCGACAGCCACGAUGGCGAGUCGCAAAGUGCCCGAGACGAAGCAGGAGAAGCUUGAUCUCAUGUACGAGAACCUGGCCGAGAUCAUCAACCCGGAGAUUAUCGAGAAGGUCCUGGACGAGGGCCGCAGUGUGAAGGUGUACUGGGGAACGGCCACGACCGGACGGCCACACACCGGCUAUCUCGUGCCGGCCAUCAAGAUCGCGCAGCUGCUGCACGCGGGCUGCGAGGUGACGGUGCUGCUGGCCGACAUCCACGGCUUCCUCGACAACCUCAAGGCGCCGCUGGAGCUGGUCGAGCAUCGCACCGACUACUACCAGUGGACCAUCCGGGCCAUGCUGCAGGCCGUGGGCGUGCGCACCGAGCAGCUGCGCUUCGUCCGAGGCUCGUCGUACCAGAAGUCAGCCGACUAUGUCAUGGACGUCUACCGCCUCUGUUCCGUCACGUCCGAGCACGACGCCAAGAAGGCCGGCGCCGAGGUCGUCAAGCAGACCAGCAACGCCCCCCUCAGCGGCCUGCUGUACCCCAUCCUGCAGAUCCUCGACGAAGAGCACCUCGGCGUCGAUGUCCAGUUCGGCGGCGUCGACCAGCGGAAACUGUUCACAGCCGCCAAGGAGUGGCUACCCAAGCUGGGCUACCGCCAGCGUGCCCACAUCAUGAAUCCCAUGAUUCCAGGACUGCAUGGUGGCAAGAUGAGCUCCAGCGAAGAAGGCAGCAAGAUCGACCUGCUGGACACUCCCGAAGUCAUCAGCAAGAAGAUCCGCAAGGCCGAGGCCGCACCAAAGGUCGUCGAGGGCAACGGCAUCCUGGCUUUCAUCGAGUAUGUGCUUUUGCCGGCGUCAGAGCUGCGAGGCGCACGUCUGUUCCGCGUUGAGCGCGAGCGGGACGGCCUCGAGCCUCUCGACUACACCGACAUCAAGAAGAUCCACGAAGACUACGAAAAUGAUGUGCUCACCCCUCAGCUUAUUAAGCCGGCUGUAGCCAAGGGCAUUGUCGAGCUCCUGGCGCCCAUCCGGACGGCCUUUGCCGAAUCCAAGGAGUGGCAGGAGGUGGCCCUCAAGGCUUACCCGCCGCCCAAGAAGAAGGAAAAGAAGCCAAAGGACAAGGGUUCACACUACCCCGUGCGUCCCAAGGAGGAGGCUAAGGUGGAGGUCAAGGAAGCCGCACCGCAGUAG